GACAUACUGUGACUAAUUUCAGGGAAUGUGAAAAAUUAUUUACUCAGGAUAUCAUUUAAUAAAUUUUAAAAAAUACUAAAAUUUUCUGUAUACAUUCAGAUUUUCGUGUACGUGUAUUUAUGUGCCUUCUGCGCUAGAUUUCAAUAAGUAAUGUGAUAAAGAGAAUGUGGCGUUAUUUACGUUUCCUUUCACAGUGAUAAGAAUACGAUAAUAAGAUAAUUCGAAGGAUUCUUAGCUUCGGACGAACUCGCUUCAUAUGAAAUGUCCAGUAUUAAGAUGAGAUCACAGCCUAAAUAAAACAAUAUUAUGCUUCAUUCAAAAGGUUUAACUAAGAGCAUACACUAUGAAUGAAAAUAUAUCUUCACUCACUGCUCCAAUUUCUGUGUCCACAUAUCAUCAACUGAGCUUAACAGUGGAAUCAGCAAAUAUAAAAAAUUCAGGCUUGUUCAAACCAAAUCCAUACCUGCAAGUUAUAAUUGAUGAUAAAAUAUUGAGAAAGACUGAAGUAAUAAGGAACACCUUGCAUCCAAAAUGGAAAGAAGAUCUUACUAUUUUGGUGACGCCACAAUCGCAAUUACUGUUCCGUCUUGCAGAUUAUCAUAGCUUUAGGAAAGACAAUGUGAUUGGUGAAAAAAAAGUGAACCUAUUAAAAGUUUUGUUUUACUGUAAUGGGAAAUGUGAGAAUUUAGAACUUACAUUAGAUUUAAUGAAAACAUCUUCUCAAGAGAAUACUAGUGGAAAUGCUGAGGUAAAAACAGCAGAACUGGUGUUGCUUCUAGAUGGCUUAAGAAUUGACCCUGGAGUGUUGACACAAACACGUGAAUUACUUGGUGAAACAGCAAAUACUGCAGCUCCCCUUAAUGAAGGGGUGCGAGCCAGAAUCAGAAUGCGCAACAAUCCUGAGACUGUUAGAUCCAUGAUGCGAUCACUAACACUUGGACCACCUCCAGGACCUCCACCAAUGAGCAAUGGGUCUAUACAUUUACCGAGUACUGCAACACAGUCAUCAUCAGAAACUGCAGGCCCCUCACAGCAGUCACGCCUGCCUGGUACACAGGAUCCAACAUCAACACAGCCAACAUCUGCUAAUACUGCUUACCCUAAUGCUGCUGAGGAGCCUUUGCCUCCUGGGUGGGAAAUGAGAUAUGAUGGUUAUGGUAGACGGUACUAUGUGGAUCACAACACUCGGUCCACAUCGUGGGAACGUCCGCAACCGUUGCCGGCAGGUUGGGAGGUACGGCGCGACGCUCGCGGGCGCGUGUACUACGUGGACCACAACACGCGCACGACCACGUGGCAGCGCCCCGACACCGAGCGGCUGGCGCGCUUCCAGCACUGGCGUGGCGAGCGGCGCCACGUGGUCGCGCAGGGCAACCAGCGCUUCCUCUACCCGCACGUGCAGCCGACGCACCAGCCCGACGGAGCCGAACACGAAUCACAAACAGUGACGUAUGCAGCAGGAGUGGCGGGCGCAGGUGGUGGGUCUACUCCUGCCCCGGAUGACGGUCUGGGCGCACUGCCCGCCGGGUGGGAGCGUCGUGUGCAGCCCGACGGACGUGUCUACUACGUUAACCACAAGAACCGCACCACACAAUGGGAGGACCCACGAACCCAGGGGCAAGAGGUGAGCGGCGUGGAAGAAGUUCUGCCAGCUGGCUGGGAGAUCCGGUUCACAGAGGAAGGCACGCGGUACUUCGUGGACCACAACACGCGCACCACCACGUUCCAGGACCCGCGGCCGGGCGCGCCGCAGGGCCCGCAGGGAGCGUACGGCGUGCCCCGCGCCUACGAACGAUCCUUCCGCUGGAAGCUCAGCCAGUUCCGCUAUCUCUGCCAGAGUAACGCGCUACCCAGCCACAUCAAGAUUACACUCUCGCGGCAGACACUCUUCGAAGACUCCUACCAUCAGAUAAUGAGGCUACCUGCUUACGAACUCCGCCGACGGCUUUACAUAAUAUUCCGCGGAGAGGAAGGACUGGACUACGGUGGAGUCAGUCGAGAGUGGUUUUUCCUUUUGUCGCACGAAGUUUUGAAUCCCAUGUAUUGUCUGUUCGAGUACGCGAACAAGAACAACUACAGCCUCCAGAUCAAUCCCGCUAGCUACGUGAACCCCGACCAUCUGCUGUAUUUUAAAUUUAUCGGAAGAUUCAUAGCGAUGGCACUGUAUCAUGGCAGAUUCAUAUAUUCCGGGUUCACGAUGCCCUUCUACAAGCGAAUGUUGAAUAAGAAGUUGACGAUGAAAGACAUCGAGUCGAUCGAUCCAGAGUUCUACAACUCGCUUGUAUGGAUCAAGGACAACAACAUCGACGACUGCGGUCUCGAGAUGUGGUACAGCGUUGAUUUUGAAGUUCUCGGUCAAGUUAUACACCACGAACUGAAACCGGGCGGCGACAAGGAACGCGUUACUGAAACAAAUAAAGAACAGUAUUUACAACUAGUCACACAAUGGCGCAUGACGAGGGGCAUCGAAGAACAAACAACGGCCUUCCUCGAUGGAUUUAAUGAGGUGGUGCCCCUCGAGUGGUUGAAGUACUUCGACGAACGCGAAUUGGAAUUGAUGCUGUGCGGCAUGCAGGAGGUCGAUGUCGACGACUGGCAACGGAACACGAUUUAUAGACAUUACACGCGAACCAGCAAACAAGUUAUGUGGUUUUGGCAGUUUGUAAGGCAAAUGGAUAAUGAAAAACGAGCACGAUUACUUCAGUUUGUGACGGGUACAUGCAGAGUUCCAGUAGGUGGUUUUGCGGAAUUAAUGGGCUCUAAUGGACCCCAAAGAUUUUGUAUAGAAAAGGUUGGCAAAGACACAUGGCUGCCGCGGUCGCAUACUUGUUUCAACAGACUCGACCUCCCUCCGUAUAAAAGUUACGAACAGCUGUGCGAGAAACUGAACUACGCAAUAGAAGAAACUGAAGGAUUUGGACAAGAAUGAUUUAAUUGUAUAAAUGAUGUUAGAUAAUAUAGUGGAUAAUGUAAAUUAUUGUCACAUUGAAAUUACUCUGCACCAGCUCGCCAAUAAAAAUAUCAUUCACCAAUGGAAUUGGUGCUGGUAGUAAAAGACCAACCAAAUAAUUAUUACAUAUUUUAUGAAUAUUUUGUAACAAUACUUAGCUGUCAUAUAAUUUUAUGUAGAUAUCAUUAGUAUUUUAUCAGUUGUGUAAGAUAUAUUUGUUUUUAAACUAUAAUAUUUAAACAAUGUUCGUUUACGAAGUUCAAUAAAUAAUUAUUAAAACAGUGUUCAAA